AUGAAUAAUAAUUUACAAUUUUUUACCCAUUAUCCAGUUUCAAGACAUGACAUUGAAAUAUUAACAUGGAUUUGUAAAGUCAUUUUGUCAACAAGAAUGUUUAACUGUGUUGUUAAAACUGAUAGUUUUUUUUAUAGAGUAUUUUGUACUGUUGCAUUAGCAAUAUCAAGUUCUACAUUAUCAAGUAUAUUUUUAAAUCAAUUACCAAAAUAUAUGACAAAAUCACACGAGUAUCUUUUACCAUUAAUAAUAUCAUUAAGUAUUCUCAUGAAUUUUAUUGUAAGAGUGGCAAGGAAUAUUAAUCGUAUGCAUCCUAAUCAAUUAUUUAGAGAAGAUGGUUUAAUAAUAAAGAUUGUAUGCUCAUUAUGUUGUGUUAUUUGUGGUAUGGAUGAUGUUUUUUCAAUUUAUAUUAAACCAUUACACAGAGCUCAAGAAACCAUGGUAGGUUGUUUUGUAAUGGGAUUUUUAUCGGUUAGUUUAGGUACCAUUAUUUCAAGUAUAAUAAGAAAAAAUAGCACUGGAGCACCAAACAUUUUAGAAAAACCAAGUCUAGAUUUUAUUGUUAUUAAUAUUAUGGUAGCAUCAUACUACUUUUUAAAAGAAUAUGGUAGUCAAACUAUUACAUUAUCAAGUGGAUUCUACUCUAGAAAUUAUUUCGUUGAUGAAAUUUUACUUUUUAGUUUUACAGCAAUUUAUUCAUUAAUAUUCUUUUUAAAUAUCGUUAACUCAAGCAAAGGAACAGUUAAAUAUAAUAAUAAUAAUCAUAGUAAUACUAAAAAACUUAAUUAA